UUGUCUGUUUGUAUUUAUUUUUUAAAACGUUUUAUUUAUCUUUAACCGUAAGCAACAGUUCAACUAACGACACCGAAUCCGGCGGCGCGUUUACUGCCGGCAUUACGGUCGUUACGCAGCGACACGCGUCCGCCGUCGCAGCAGCAGCAGCAGGACGGUAAGAACCGGGCUCGUCUUGUCUGACGGCGAUCACCUGAUCAGAUCGGUCGUCUUAGCCGCGCCGUCGACGCCCGUGUGAACAUCUGGGGCCAGAUGUGCCACUGAGCGCGACGCCGAGAGGGGAUGCAAGGGGUCGUGUCGCGUCCAGCCUGGUGGGCUCCGGUGUUAGCAUGUGGCUAACGUUAGCUGCUGCGCUCGGACAGAAGUAGCUCGGCCUCGCUCCGGCGUUCGGAACCGGCUCUUUGCGUGUGUUACUUGUGGGUUUUUCUGCAGUUUCUCUGGAAUGCAUCUCUCCAAGAAAUGCUCCGUCUUCAAAGUGGUGCUGAGUGCUCUGCUGAUCGUGGCGCUCCUGCAGCUGAUCUACCUGUCCUUCUUGUCCACGUUUCACGGUAAGCAGCAGCGGUACCGAUACUCGGAGCUCUUCGGGGUCAGGAAGAAUGGGCACCCGGAGAAAAACUCCCGGAAGGAGCGUCUGAGGUACUCGCUGUCCACCGGCGGGAUCUUCGACCACAGCGGCCAGUACCGGGUGUACAAGAACCUGGUCAAAAGCGACUUCACCACAAACCUCAAGCCGGGAACCGAUGCCGGGUCCAACGUCCUGGCUCUCGCCACGCACACGACCAUCAACAACCUGCAUCACCUGGAAUCCCUCGUGGAGAGGUGGCACAACCCUCUGGCCGUGGCCAUAUUCGCCCACGGGGAAGAUGUCAAGUUCGCCACGGCGCUGGUCUAUGCCCUCAGCUUCUUCUGCCCUCAGAUCCAAUCCCUGGUGGACUUCCACCUGGUCUGCCUCUCCGGAGAGAUGGCCAGUUUCCCGGAGCAGGACCGCGAGCACUUUGCGGGUCUCGAGGACUGCGCCUCCGUGUUCUCCAGACUGGAGACGCACAGGGACAAGCACAAGAACUACGCCAUCGGCGGCAACGUCUCCUACCCCAACAACCUCCUGCGCAACGUGGCCCGGGGCGGCACGCAGGCCUCCUACGUCCUGGUCAUCGACAUGGACAUGAUGCCCAGCGCCGACCUGCACCAGCAGUUCCUGGCCAUGAUCCUGAGCGGCGGGCCGCCGGGCGACGAGGUGUUCGUGCUGCCCGCCUUUGAGAUCCGCCACGCCCGCAAGAUGCCCGCCAACAAGGCCGAGCUGGUGCAGCUCUACCAGGUGGGCGAGGUCCGGCCCUUCUACGAGGAGCUGUGCCCCCGCUGCCAGGCGCCCACCAACUACUCGCGGUGGGUCAACAGCCACGUCAGCGAGGCGGGCCCGCUGGCGACCGCCUACACGCUCACCUGGACGGACCCCUGGGAGCCCUUCUACAUCGGGCCCCGCGCCGCGCCGCCCUACGACGAGAACUUCAAGCAGUACGGCUUCAACCGCAUCAGCCAGGCCUGCGAGCUCCACGUGGCCGGGUACAGGUUCUCUGUGCUGAGCUCGGCCUUCGUGGUGCACCGAGGCUUCAAGAUCCAAGGGGAGUUCCACGCCAGGAAGGACGAGGAGAACAAACGCAACCGCCUGCUGUUCCGCAGCUUCAAGGAGGGCCUGAAGGCCAAAUACCCGUCCUCCAGCCGCCGGUGCUGAGGCCGGGAAAGGUUAUACGAUACUAUCACGCGGGAUGAGAAGUCUCCUGAGGUGGGGGGGUGAAGGGGGGGGGGGGGGUCCUAUCUGCUCCGUUUGCUUCUCAGUGGCGUGGGGCGGCCACCAGGUGGCAGCAGGUGCUCGAGGGUUGAGGGAGGCAAGCUUUACGCAGGUAAAGGUAACAACCCGCACGUUUUAAAAAAAUGUAAAAACAACGGCCGUGAAAAGGGUUGUCGGCUCCACACCAGUAGAUCAGUCAAAUGAAUGGUUUUAUACUGGCGGUAUUGUCUAAGCUACUGGUACAGCACACCCAGUGUUACACAUAAAAUAUCACUCUAUUCACACACUCUGCAUACGCACAUAAACGUAUGCGUUUCUGAUUACUGCAUUGAUGCAAUAUUUAAUUUAUUGUGAAAAUAUUUUAGUUUUUAAAUGACCCUCAGCAGGAAAACUGUAGCCUGGAAUGGUGUUUGGUGCAAAAAAUGUUUCUUGUGAAAUAAUUUCUGUUUUUAGAACCACUUUAAAUAAAUCAUUUGGUGUUUUUGGAGAGUUGGCAAUUUCAACGUUUGACCUUUGUGAUGAAGUGAAGUGCUUUAUUUCUCCUUUGUGUUUUCUUGAAAAAUAAUUUCCUUUGUUAUUUAUCUCUUGGUUUUAUGUUUUAAAUAUAAAACCUGAUUUGGACUGUUGGACUUUCUAUUAAACCCACAGGAUUUUUUUUGUUUAUUAUUAUUAUUAUUAUUCAAGACUACUGAACAACACGUCACAGGAAAGCCCUUCAUGAGCCCAAAUUCAAUCAAUUAACUUCCCCACAGGGACUGUUUCUGUGAGCAUGAAGCCGAGGACAAGCCACGAACCACCGGGCUUAAACAGCACCGAGUCCUGAUGGACAGUUGUGGGUUUUUGUGUUGGUCAUUCACACGAAAAAACUACAAGAUAUCAGCGCGAGUAUCGCUCACCAAGCCCUUGACACGGUUGACAUUUGCAUGUGGUGUAACAUGGCUUAAGACGGGGGUUUAGAGGCAUCCCUGCACCAAUAGCAUUAGCGUGUGGUGGGUGAUUACACGGCGAGUCGGGCCAGCAUCCAAUUAAAAGCUCCUUUUUAGUAAUUAAGAAGUCUAUUAAAGUGGACUUCAAGGAAAUCCUCGGCGAGGAGGGAAGGCGGCAGCUCGUUUCACGUCUCGGGAAAGUUCACUUCAGUAAAUUUUAAAAAAAACAA